AGUAGGUUUUUGAUGUUCAGAGAGGAAACACCACAAUUCAGAAGAAAAAUUAAAAAGUUCAUAAGGAUGCUUACUGAAGAGCAGGAUAAAAAGAAAGCUUUGGCUGAUUAUACGCCUACGAAAGUGGAAAGUGUUUUCAGAAAACAUCGUCAAGAGACAUUGAAUUUGAACGGUUGGGGAUAUACAGACAGCAUUUUUCUUUAUGACAAAGGGAAAUUAAUUUUCACAGGAAACAGGUAUCCAAUUUGCAAUAUUCCAUUCAACAAAGCACGAUCAAAACUUUUAGAAUUGUACAAGUCGGAUGUGGCCAAAUAUAAGCCAUACGUCAAUCCUGUUCACAAAGAAAGUGAUUAUCCACCAAAAGUUGAAAAUCUCGAAUUUUGUAAGGAAUUAUCAGACGCAAAAAUCGAAUUUUCAUUGGAUUUUGAAGAUCGUUUCUUAAGAUGUCGUGGACAAGCCACAAGAGAAUUUUAUAUUUUACGUUUUGGAAAAUUCAAGCGAAUCCCUGAUAUUGUUGUUUGGCCGAAAUGUCACGAAGAUGUCGAAAUUGUUGUGAAGCUUGCCAACAAAUAUCUGUCAGUUAUAAUUCCAUAUGGUGGUGGAACAAACAUAACUUUGUCCGUGACCUACACGAAGAGAGACAGUGGAAGAUUCUUCAUUUCACUUGACACAUCGCAGAUGAAUCGAAUUCUUUGGAUUGAUCGAGUAAGCAUGCUUGCAUGCAUUGAAUCAGGAAUUGCUGGAAAAGAUAUGGAAGACGCCUUACAAGCAAAAGGAUUAACUGUCGGCCAUGAACCAGAUUCACUCGAAUUCUCAACACUCGGUGGGUGGGUUGCUACAAGAUCAUCAGGAAUGAAGCAACAGACUUAUGGAAAUAUUGAAGAUAUUGUCACUAAAAUUAGCCUCGUAACAAGUGUUGGCACUUUAGAGAAAAACUUCCUCGUUCCACGGGCUUCAAUCGGUCCUGAUUAUGAUCAUGUUAUUAUGGGUUCAGAAGGAACUCUUGGUGUCAUAACGAACGUUAUUGUCAAGGUUCAUCCAAAGCCACCAGUUCGAAGAUGCGGCAGCAUUAUGUUCCCCGACUUCCAAUCAGGCGUUAAUUUUAUGUAUGAAGUUUCAAAAUUUCGUACUAAACCAUCAAGUUUAAGGCUUGUUGACAACGAUCAUUUUCAACUUGGACAAGCUUUACAACAAAAUAAAAGCAUUUUUGGUGAAAUUGUAGAUCAAUUUAAAAAGUUUGGAGCUUCGUUCUUCUUGCGUUAUGACAUGGAAAAGGUUUCACUUGCAACAUAUUUGUAUGAAGGUGAGAAGGAAGAUGCUGACAUGAUUGAAGAUAAAAUUAAAGACACUGCUUGGAAGUUCUGGGGAAUAGUUGCAGGUCAAAAAUAUGGUGAACGAGCUUAUUUGAUGACUUACACGAUAUGUUACAUUAGGGAUAUGUUCUUCGAUAUGGGAUUCCUUCUGGAUUCAAUUGAACCUUCCGUUUGUUGGUCUAAAUGUUGGCAAAUGAUUCAAUCAAUUCAAAGAGCAUGGGAUGAAGAGUUAGAAAGAAGAAAACUCUUUAACAUGCUUGCUAUUCGUAUAUCACAAAUUUAUAACGAUGGAGUUUGUGUUUACCUUUAUUACGGUAUUGGACCGACAACUGAAAAAGAUCAACUUGAAACAUUUGAAGAAUUAACCACAAUCAUUAGAGAUGUAAUUAAAGUUAGUGGUGGUUCACUCUCACAUCAUCAUGGCAUUGGAAAGAAAAGUUCACAUGGAUAUGUUGACGCUGUGUCAAGAGUUGGCACUGACAUGUUCCACUCUAUAAAAAAGCGACUCGACCCAAACAAUGUCUUUGAUGCUGGCAAUUUAGUUGAAGAUAAAACUGGUGCGAAAUUGUAAAAUCAAAUUUGAGUUACUUAUGUAGGAAAAUAUUUUAUGGAUAUGUAUAUAACAUUUAAAUAAGAAAAUAAAUUUUGAG